UACUUACUUGUUAGCGAACGAAAGCGGUGCACUCUGACUGACCAAAGGUCGGUCUGGUCGUCCUUUCCAGCCGUAGCAGCAUGCACAGCAUCACUUUUUGCCCUAAAGUGGCACGACUGAACUUCGCUCGAACUGAGAUGGCUUACUUAUGUUAUCUGCAAAGUUUUUUUCCACUACAACAAGAUCUGCAGUAAGCGUUUAUUAAGCUCCCCCUUGAGUAGGAGCAGUCUAACUGGAAAAUGAGUGUUCGUGAUCCUGACUACGAAUCUGGACUGCGCGAAGAAUGCGCUGUGUUUGGGUGCGUUGCAGCAGGACCGUGGCCUGCCACAGGAGAGCAUGCCAAAUUGAAGGUCCAUGUAGCUGAAACAAUCAUCAAUGGUCUAGUGGGACUGCAGCAUCGCGGACAGGAAAGCUCGGGCGUCGUGGUGGCCACUGGCUCCGGCAACGAUCCGCUGAAAUGCCAUCGCGGUAUGGGCUUGGUGAGCGCGGUGUACCGCGACGAGGAUGUACGCCAUCUGGAAGGCAAUCUGGGCAUCGGCCACAACCGCUACUCCACCGCCGGUCGGUCCCAUCUGGUCAACUGUCAGCCGCUGACCCUGGAAGGCUCCCACGGACACAUGGCCAUUGCCCAUAACGGCGAGAUUGUUAAUGCCGAAGCGCUGCGUCAUGAACUGUUUCUCCAUGGCACGGCAUUCUCCAGCGAGUCCGAUACGGAACUUUUGCUGCGAGCUCUACUGCUGUUGCACAAGGAUUCUUUGUUUGGUUCGCGCAAUUCCCGGCGCGGAUCAAACAAUUCGGACGACAGUCCGUCUGAUUCUGGCCGAGCAAUGAUGUCACCUUCGGAGAAAAUGUCACCACCAGACUGGCCACGACGUUUGGCCGAAUUGAUGCGCAUGUUUCCGUUGGCGUACUCCUUCCUGUUUCUCAACGGGGACGCUAUAUAUGCGGUACGAGACUGCUUCGGAAAUCGUCCACUAGUUCUGGGAAAAAUAUCUUCCGAAAAUAACCCAAGCAGUGGACCAUAUCAAGCUGAUGCAUGGAUUGUGGCAUCGGAGUCCUGCUGUUUUAAAAAUGUGCCGCAUUGCAAACUUGUUCGGGAAGUCUACCCGGGAGAAGUGGUCAAGAUCACCAAAGACGGCUUUAGUACGGUGGCACGCGUUGAACCUCCGGAACGCACUCCCUUAAAAAACGGGGUGGAACUGCCGGAACCCGUGGUCCCAAAUAAACCAAAGGCCACAGCGUUCUGCCUUUUUGAAUAUGUUUACUUUGCCCGCGGGGAUUCGUAUUUUGAAGGACAACAAGUUUACGGCGUGCGUGAACGAUGUGGUCGACGCUUGGCCAAAGAAUCCCAUGUGGAUGCUGACAUUGUCAGUAAUGUACCGGAUUCUUCACGACCCGCUGCACUUGGAUUUUCAAAAGAGAGUGGAAUCGAGUACAGUGAGGUAUUUCUGAGAAAUCCUUACAUUGGCCGCACGUUCAUCCAGCCAACCAAUACCGAACGCCAGUCGGCAGUAUUCAAAAAAUUUGGUGAAUUAUCAGCCAAUUAUGCCGGAAAGCGGAUCGUGCUUAUCGAUGAUUCCAUCGUGCGGGGCAACACGCUCCAGGGGAUUGUCAAAUUAUUAAAAGACACUGGCGCGAAAGAGGUGCAUAUCCGAAUCGCCAGUCCUCCGGUGCGUUAUCCGUGCUACAUGGGUAUCGCGAUACCGACUCGGGAAGAAUUAAUCGCCAACCAGAUCUCCAUGGAGGAGCUACCAAAGUACUUCGGUGCGGACAGUGUGGCGUAUUUAUCCAUUGAUGGCCUGAUUGAGACUGUUCAAGAGGGUGCAAUUAGCGAUUUCCGCUCUGACGCCGCUGAAUGGAGGGACGUCAAGAGAGGUUACUGUUCAGCCUGUUUCACGAAGGAUUAUCCCAUUAUUCCAGUUGAACACGACUGGUGAUCCACUUGAUUUCAUGGUCUAUUACCGAUGAACGUACGGUUUGCACGGGGGUUUCCACUUGGUUCUGGGCUGUGGUUGGCUGGGGGCCGGGCUUUGUGUUUUCUCAAGUUCGCGCUAAUUUGUGGUUAAUGCACGGCAGUGCGGUUUUUAAUUUCAAGUGCUUCGUGGUAAAGAUUGUUAUGGUCUUUACAGUUGGACAUGUACAUACUCGUAACAUACAAAUUCCGGGAUUUUACCCACGGGUUUGCGACUUUGCGUUAAGCAUUGGCGUUGGGUGCGGGAUGGUUAUACACCGUUCAAGCCCUAUAGCACGCCUUAAGAGUGCGUGGAGUGUAAUGCAGUUUCUUACAGUUAUUUGUUUGUAUUGUAGUAUUUUUAUAAGAAACUGGAGGCGCAUAUGCAUAUGCCCAUCAUAUUACAAAGCUAUUUGACAACGGUGCGGCUAUUUUAUCAGUUCUUAUGUACUCGUAUGACAUUGUAUCGGUGUAGUGCGUCUGGAUAACGUCGCACUGUUAAAUAUGUGCGGUUGAUUGGUCAUUUGUAUUACCAUAAAUGUAGAGCAGAGCAGAAACUAAU